CGCCGACAUUUUGGUUAUCCAUGGUGGCUCGGUGAACGAUUUCGUUUGCUCCCGCCAGCUUCGCGCGAGCUCUUCGGAGGUGGCUCGCGAUCUGUUAGACGGGCUUGGUGUUUUAGCGGGUAGAGCGUAUAUACGUGGAGGAGUGCCGUGGGAUCGCCCGUAGUCGCGUCCGCGUCGCAACGAGGGAGGAAGGAAGACGGAGGCUGCGACUCUCGCGGCUCGGCCAGACUAACGGCGCUGUGUCCACUACAGCCCCUUAUCUCUUUCUCUCUGUCUCGCUCACCGAUAAGUUGCAACCAUGAGCUACGGUUACAACAAAUACAGUUCCACCAUGAGUUCUCGCGGUCGUGGAUUUAAUUCUCGCGGAGGUGGUUCGUACAGGGGACGCGGUGGUGGCGGAGGAAACGAGUGGAAUGGUGGUUCGGCGGGCGGGAACAUGUCUGGCAGAGGAGGAUACUCAUCUUCCAGAGGUGGCAGGUUUAAAUAUUCAACGACGAGCUACGACUCUAGAUCCAAAUAUAAUUCAGGUUCAGAGAGAUAUUCAAGCAGAGGUGGUCGUGGCGAACAUUCCAACAGUUAUAAAAGACCACGUGAUUCGUAUUCCGGUAGAGAUGACCAUCGAUCAUCUAGCGAGUCGACACGUAAACGAAUAAGAAGUGACUAUCAGGGUGGAGGUAGCGGUAGCGGCUCACAGAGGUAUUCGUCGUACGGUUCGUCCACGGCAGCGCCCUACGACGAUAAUAAGGGAUCGUCAUCAUCAGCCGUAUACGAGGACAAGAGACAGAGCGAACGAGCGUCGUCGUACCACCGUUCCGAGGAUCGUCACUCCGCCUCACGGAGCUACGCGCCUCCGCCACCUCCUCGGAUUAGCGAAAUGGCACCGCCGCCGACUCAGAGAUACACCUCGAGUCGUGGAAGAAUAUCGCACCAGAGCUCAAAUUACAGAGGUCGCAUUUCGACCCGCGGCACCGGUGGUAGAGGUGGUGCAUUUCACCGCGUGAGCUCUCGAUCGGACGUCCUCAUGGCUCGCAAGCGUACUCUGCAUUCGCUCGACUAUCGUCGAAAGCUGCUAGGCUCACGCUCGCGAGACUACAUCCAGCGUGUGCGCAUGACUACUACCAAACUACGCAGGAGUAGCGGUACUACUAGGCUACCCGGAAGUAAAAAGGACUCGGGAUCCGGGACCAGCGUGAAGGACAAGGAUAGAGAGAUGGCCAAAGCCAUUAAUGCAGAAUUUUCCGAUGACGAUGACGAGGAAGAUGAUAAUAAGAGUAAUUGGGACGACGAAGAAAAGCCACACGAACAUGAUGAAGAGGAGGACCUGGAAGAGGAAGAAGAGAAAAAGAAGAAGGAAGACAAACGUAAGAAGGAGAAACAGGAUAGGGAAAGGCAACACACCGAAGAUGAGGAAGAAAAAGACGAUGAUAUUAAAGAGGAAGAUGAUGAUCAGAAGCGAGAAGAGGAUGAAGAUGACGAUGGUGACGACGAAGAACGCGACGAGAAUGAAAAAGCGGAACGUGAUAGAACCGCAGAUUCCGAAGAAUUGCCGAGUAGACGGGACGGUAGAAAGUUUAUAAAGUUGAAAUGCCCUCAUUGCGCCCAUCACAGCGUCACGUUCAAAGAAUAUUCGCUCCAUCUGUUCUCUGGCCGCCACAGUGCGGCGAUGAAACGUAUCGCUGCUCGACACAAGGCAACUAUAACGCGUAUGCGAGUUGUUCAACGGCAAGAGCAAAGGCGUAUCGAGGCUCGCGAUAUGGCACGCGGCACGCUGCCCUCUCGUACUAUGUUCUGUGCCAUUUGUAAAUUAAACUACCGUUCCUUGAAAACCGCUCAUCAGUUGUCCGAGUCUCACCGCCAAAUGAAACGAUUUCUCACACCAUUCUGUCGUGUUUGUCGUAUUCAAUUCCGUUCACCAAUGUUCUUUGAGACACAUAUGUGCUCCCUAGAGCAUAUCAAGAGAAAGAGUAUAUUAAGAGAAAGAAUGAAUGCAAGUGGAAGUGGCGAAGCAGAGGGGGAUUCGAGCGCGCCAGAAGAAGAUGAUAAAGAAGUAAAUCUUGACAAUUUUAUGACUUUGGAUUCUGUAGGUGAUGUAGACGAGGAUGAAGAGUCCAGCGACAAGAAAAAGGAAAAGACCGAGGGUGAAAGUUCAAGCGAGGCGGAGAAAAAAUCGAAAGGCAAACAAAUGAUAAAAGUCGGCGCGGAAUUUAUAAAACGUGUCGAAGUACAAUAUUGCGAAUUGUGCAAAGUAUAUCUACCACGCAGCGAAAACACAGAGCGGGCGGUCGCUUUACACUGUUCUACUCGUAGUCACCUUAAACGGUACGUGCGAGAUAACGACGACAAGGCACUUAGACGUCAAGCGGAAAGAAUACAUCUUCAAUCGUCAUCGGCAACGAAUGUGAAUUCUACCAAUUCCACCGUGACUAACAAUGCAUCGGACAACGCGAAGACUUCUCCCGUCAAUUCCGAGCCACAAGUAUCUGCUAUACCAAUGUCUACUGCGGCUGAUAAUAAUGGUGUUUGCGGCGCAGAAUACGUUAAAGUUGAAGAAGAAAAAUCAUGUAACUUAGAGUCUGAAAAGAAUGCGAAAGAUAGUAAGAAUAAUCCGGGGGAUGAAGACGACGAUGACUAUCGCGCGCAUGGCAGUGAUAAAAUUAUUUGGGAUGACGUCGACAAGGAUUUAGGUGACAUUUUGCGAGAAAGCGAGGCAGGAGCAUCGAAAUCGAGCGACGAUGAAGAUUCGCGUUACGAUCGUUUUCGUAAUUCGGACAAGAAGCAGCCCGGGAAAGAAAAAGAAACUGAGAAAGGUGAGAACCUUGAGGACAAGAGCGGUAAUAAUAAAAUUAAAGACGUAAAAAAUUAAACUUGAAAAGAUGGAUUCUAUCGUCGAGAAUCGUCUUUCGUUGUAUUUUUUCAAUUUACUUGACGCAUUUUCAGGUUAUUUCGUUUCAUCUUCUCUAAAUCUCGGUCUAAUAAUUGCUUUCAUAAUAAAUCAUGCAAAUACCAAGUUUCUUGGAACUAUCGUUUAAUUAAACAACUUAAUUUGUGCGUAGCGUAUUACACAUUCAAAAUAUUAAUUAAUACAUGUUCCAUUGUAUUUCCUUGUUUGUUUGAAAAUAUGUGUUAAUUUCAAUGUGUCCAAGUCUCGCAAUUUUCAAUUUAUGUAGUUUUAACGUAUAAGUCUUACAUCAUUGAUACGAUCAUAUGUUGCCUAUAAGUGACAUCAUUCAAAUGUAAUAUACUAAGCAUUACUGAUGCUUUCCCCUAUGAAUUUGUGCACACAUUUAUAUUUUGCAUAUUCAUGGAAAAUGUAUAAGUAUUAUAGGUGUCUUUGGGAAGCACACAUUUGGCACUAAAAUCGUCUUCUAUCUUCGUUCGAUAUAUAGCGAGUGACAAAGAUAGACUGAUGCUUUCAGUGCUAAUAGCGUUUUCCCAUAUGCAGUCUAUGUUCUAUAUGUGCCUAAGUUUAUUUUGGACUGUAUCAAUAGUGCCUAGUGUAGGUAUAUCUAAACAAUACACGAAGUAAAGCAUACAAAUUUCAAUUUUUAUUUGUCAGCGUGAAGGAAGUGUGCGCCUGAUCAAUGUGUGCAUCUCAUGUAAGCACAAUUUAACUAUAGAUUUUAUUGAACAUAAUAAAGUCCGCACUCUAGGAUCAAGAA